GCUGGGCUGAGGGCCGUCGGGGCUGAAGCUGGAGUAAUUUGUUGUAUGAUAGGUUGUGAAAGUGGAAAGUACCGCCUCGGAAACCCCCGUUGGCUUUUCCUUCUUCAGUGGCGCGUUGUGCUUGCUGAGAGCGGAGGCGCUGCGCUGCGCUGUGUGUCCGGGUUUAGGGUUAUAUGUCUUUAUUUUGAGCGCCUGGAAUGCGCGCGCGCGCUGCUGCGGGUUUGACGGCGCCAUGGAGUGCUAGCGCGCGCGGCUGCUCGGGGCGACGCUGAAUCCGGCGGCGUUGGGUUUUGUUGGCGGACAGCGACAUAUUGAACAGAGCUAAACUGGUUUCCUGCUCGCUCCUUUCCCAAGACAACACAAUGUCACAGGGCCAAAACUUCCUGCCCAAGUUCCUGUUUGUCAGUAACCUCUUGAAGGCCAUGAAGAUCCGCGAGCGCGUGCCCCAUGAUGUCGUAAAGCCAUCAGCCAGUGGCGGUCUGCUUCACCAUCUUCGCGGCAUGCACCGCUACACACUGGAAAUGAUCCGGAUGAGCCAGUUCCCGCAGGCCUUCCGCGAGAUCAUCCAGUCAGCCAUCUUGGACCGGGCUAUGCAGACCUCACUGGAGCAGGAGAAGAGGCUCAACUGGUGCCGUGAGGUCAAGAAGCUGGUGCCGCUCCGGACAAAUGGUGAUGGGAAUUGCCUGCUCCAUGCAGCUUCACAGUACAUGCUGGGUGUCCAGGACACAGACCUAGUCCUGCGUAAGGCCCUUUACGCCGUGCUCAAAGAGACAGACGCCAGUAAUUUCAGAGCACGUUUUCAAACAGAGCUGCUCCACUCCCAAGAGUUCACCCAGACCGGCCUGCGCUACAGCACCAAGAAUUGGGAAGAGGAAUGGGAGAAGAUAGUCGAUAUGGCGUCUCCUGUAGCCAGCAGCAACGGUCUCCAGUUUGACUCCCUGGAAGACAUCCACAUCUUCGUGCUGUCAAAUAUCCUGCGCAGGCCAAUUAUUGUAAUCGCAGAUCAAGUGCUGAGGAGUAUGAAGUCCGGUUCCUCUUUUUCACCCCUCAAUGUAGGAGGUAUUUACCUGCCUCUUCACUGGCCUCCAGGAGAGUGCUACAAGUAUCCCAUAGUGCUCGGCUAUGACUCCCAACACUUUGCCCCCCUGAUCACAAUCAAAGACAGCGGCCCAGAGUUUCGAGCCCUACCGUUGAUCAAUCCAGGAAGGGGAGGCUUUGAGGAGCUGCGCAUCCACUUCUUAACAGAGAAGGAGCAGCAACAGAAAGAGAGGCUGCUAAAUGAAUAUCUGAUACUCAUGGAGAUUCCAGUCAUUGGCCUGGGUUAUGACCCCACACAGAUGAUCAGGGCAGCCCGCCUCGACGAGGGCAAUCUGCCUGAGGACAUGAACCUGAUGGAAGACUACCUACAGCUGGUGAAUCACGAGUACAAGCGGUGGCAGGAGGACAAAGAUGCACUGUGGGCACCCACAUCACAGCAGGCACCGCCGCCCUUCUCUGUCUCACAGCUGUCACUGAUAGAGAUCCGUUGUGCGACGCCGCGCUGCACCUUCUACGUCUCGGUGGACACGCAGCCACACUGCCACCAGUGCUUUGAAAAACGGCGCGCCAGCGGUAAGCACGAGGCCGUCACCAGCCGUCCGAAUCGAACCAACCAUGCCAACGCGCCAUCCGAGCCAACGAUCCCGAGCCCACGCUCGGCACCGCCGACCGCACCCAGCCUGAGCCUGUACAGCGAGACGCACGCCAUGAAGUGCAAGACGCCUGGCUGUCUCUUCACACUCAGUGUAGAGCAUGACGGCUUGUGUGAACGCUGCUUCAAUGCCCGCCAGGCGGGUAACGGGCAGCCCCAAGGCCCUGCCCAUGCCUGGGGACACGCUCAGUGGGGACCGAGCGCACGAGAUCGAGAAAAAGAUAGAGAAAGAGAUGCAGAGCACUGCAGCGCGUGUCGCCAGGAAGCCUUUCGGACAUUCAACGGCCUUUGUCCACCCUGCAUGCAGAGGAGUGCUGUCGCCCAGCAGCAGGAGCCCAGAAUGGACAUACCGGAACGCCCUGGUACCACUGGGCACACAUGGCACACACAGACAGCGCGCCAGUGCAAACGCUCAGGCUGCCAGUUCUUCGGCACAGCUGAGAAGUUAGGAUUCUGUACCAUUUGUUAUGUGGACUAUCAGACCAAUCACCAGGCAGCUCCAGCAGUGGUGCAGCCCAGACAUACGUCAGAGGCGGGUUUUCAGAACGUGCGGUGUCGCGGGCAGGGCUGCGGCGCCAUGGGCAAAGCCAUGCUCGAGGGCUACUGCAACAAGUGCUACGUGAAGGAGCAGAGCGCCAGACUGACUGAAGCUGCAAGCAGAGGCUCCACUUCUCCUCCAGUCUUGCGAGUGCCCAAAUUGCGUCCAAUGGCGACACUCGGACAGGUCCAGUGCCGGCGCAGUGGCUGUAAGAACGUCUCGCCUGGCUGCACAGACUUGUGUCCGGACUGCCUGAAUCGUGGCGGGCAGCGUGAGGGUCGUCGCGCCCACGCACCCAAAGAGAAGAGCAAGCAGCGUUGCAGGACACAAGGCUGCGAUCAUUACGCCAACCAGGAAAAACAAGGCUACUGCAACGAGUGUGACCACUUCAAGCAGAUAUACCGGGGCUGACGCUUAUCAGUUUCCUUUUCCAAAGAGGGGACUAGAAUCUUUGCACGCUGUCAUGUGUGAAUCCUCUUCUCCAUGGAAUCCCACAGCUAACUGAGCCACCUGUUUUUGGGUGCUAGCAGUGGUGUAACACUGGCGAUUUACCUCUCAAGCAAAGUUUUGAUCUCUUUUUUUUUUUUUUUUUUUUCUAUGUGAAUAAGACUGAGAUGGGGUUGUUGAUAUAAAGAAACUGAUGAUACACUGGCAUCCAGUUGCAUACAUCUGUGCUAUCUGUGAUUUCUAUCCAACAGGGUAAUAAGAUUGUAAACAGUUUGUACAUUGCUGAGAAAGUUUUGGGGGGUGGGGGUGGGCGGCGGCAGCUGCAUCUUCAAAAGAUUUCUUUCCAAUGGUAAGUUUAAAAACGGUGAAAUUUGACCAAAGUAACUUCCAGACUAAUUAUGACGCCCAAGUUGAUGUGCAUUGCAGUAAGCCAGUGGGGCCUGUAAGAAAUGCGUACAGGAGGCAGAGCUACAGGGUUUCAGAGGUCUCAGAAAACCAGUUUAUUUCUUACAAUGUAGGUUAAGUGCCAAUGAGUGUUUGCAAAGCAGAGCUCCACUUUUAUUUUCUGCUGCACCAUUUGAUGUCUGCUGCCAAAAUAGACCUGUUGCCUUUGAGAUUUUUUUUUUUUAAUUAUUUUUAAUUUAUUUUUCUCAUCGUCAUUGCUCCCUUUUUGUGGCCUGCUCACGCUUGAAAUUAUUCACCUGAUUUCGCCUUGCUGGACUUCGUUUGGUCUGUUUGCGUUUACUAGCUAUGGCACUAGGUGAUGUUGGAUGCAUUCUAACAUUUUCCCAUAGAUAAAAAAAAGAAAUUCCAAAGUGCAAUAAAAACAGGUUCUCCAUUACGACUUAAACAAACACACACACACGCUCGCUCGUGAAGAGGCUAGCCACAUCAAAGUGCAACAAGUGUCAACGAGGAAGAAUCGUGCAUGCCGUGACAGGAUGGACUCCUUUAUUAAAAAAAAAACCACACCAAUCCGAAAGUAAACACACCUGUGUGUUGUGUACAUCCUCUUUUAGAAUUGUGCGUAACGCAGGUUUUUUUCUCUACAAAGGAGCUUACUUCUCUCGACUUUGACUUUACUUCUGCUACCUUCACAUGAUGCCUGUAUUGCAUACGUUCGGUAUGCAAAAACCUGUCCAUUUGACUAUUGCUCCUAAUGCUUGCAUAGACGUAAACUUGGAAAAAGUCGCUGCCUAGUUUGGCAUCACUGAGAAACAAACACGUGCAUAAGGCAUUUCCAUUCUGACAGCGAAUCUAGUGGUGAUGUACAAGAAUUAGAAAUGCAGACGUGUGCUUUAGUCAAAAGACACAUUUGAGAACAAUUCGAUCCCGUCGUUAGUAGAAAUUGUGUUGGUUCUUCAACUACUGAAUCUGAAGUCACUUCAGAUCAUCAAUUUGCACAGAAUGUAAUAAGCUGCUCUGGAAUUAGUUGAGGUAUUUCUGACUUCUGACAUAGUUACAUUCCAACUGUAGACCUAGUUUAAAAAAAAAAAAAAAAGACCUUUUUUUUUUUCCUUUGUGGGUAAGGGGAAUGUGUUUGGUAUUUAUUCACAAUAAACAUUAUCUGUAUUGUGUUAAUAAUUAUUUAUAUGUUGUUCUGGAAUAAAUUAU